AUGGACAUAAUAGAAGAUAUCGAAAUCAUCGAUUGUACUCAACCCGUCCAUCCCAUCAAACCUUCACCAUGCAAAUACGAGCGUCAAGGAUCUAUCCUUGACCAUCCAGUUUUUACUCAACUUACCUGUGUACCUCCUUUACCCCGCCAGAUCAUCAAGAUACCAGAAGCAAGAGUCAUACUUCCCUUUCCACUCACAGACGAAGAUUUCGAUCAGGUUAGAGUGUUUGACGACGAACUUUUGGUAAACCUAGAAAAGGCGAAAAAGAGGAAAAGGAAAGAGGAGAAAAGGGCGAGGAAAAGGCAAAAGAGGGAUGACAAUCGAAGAGAGACCUUGGAUAGGAUUGCUACUGGUAUUGAAGUGACUGUUGUCGAAGCAGACAUUGAUGAGGAUACAUAUGAGGACAUGGAAAUACUGACGGUAAAUCAAAUCGAAUACAACGACUACCAUGGAAUUGCGUAUGAGCCAAGUCUACAGUCUUCGAAUAACAAGUCAUCCUAUCGACCUGUCGAUGAAGAACAAUCCGUGAUCGACGAUUCAUCCCUUGAAGAUCAAGAUGACUUGAGGAUUGCAACGCCUUCCAUCGACCACCUCAACAACAUUGAAGAUAAUACAUCCCUUGUCUCAGAAGACAACUCACUUGUCCGUGCAGAUGGACAUGAGACCUCGCCUCGGCCCUCCACUCCCACAACACUGGCUACUUGUUCAAAGCUGACCCAUUCUCCUCAAUCUUCAAGGUCACCAUCCAAUGUACACCCGUCGAAUUUUGCGCAGAAACAACCCAGCCCUCUUGCUAACUUAAGUGAAGGAGCUCCGAGAGAGAGUAGAAACCAUUCGUUCCCCUUUGAAUCCUCAAUGCGAAUCGCAGAGGUGACCUUGCUCUUUGAGAAAGCUUCCAAGGAUAUCACCCCCAAAGGAACAAUAAAAAGUCCACCGCUUCAACCUACAGAAAAGACCCAAGGAUAUCUUCCCACACCUUCACCUUCGCCAAGCAAAACUGCCUCGACUUACGUUGGUCAACAAAUACCCGGACAUGUAGGGCUGAUAUUCGGUAGACUAAGAUGA